GAAGCUCUAAACGCCGAUCCGUGGCUCUGGGAUAGACUGCGCUUCCUGCGCCGCUGCCGUCAAAACUCCGCAGGCGUCUCUGGCGAUCACCGAACCAUAGCUGGGGCCGUGCUUCUGUGUCCGCUGCCGGGUCUGGUUGUCGCCGCGCCGGAGCUAUGUUUCGAAACCAAUAUGACAAUGAUGUCACUGUUUGGAGCCCUCAGGGCAGGAUUCAUCAGAUUGAAUAUGCAAUGGAAGCUGUUAAGCAAGGCUCAGCCACAGUCGGGCUAAAGUCAAAGACACAUGCAGUGUUGGUGGCGUUGAAGAGGGCACAGUCAGAACUGGCAGCUCACCAGAAGAAAAUUCUCCAUGUUGACAACCACGUUGGCAUCUCUAUUGCGGGUCUGACUGCCGACGCUAGGCUGCUAUGCAAUUUUAUGCGCCAGGAGUGUUUGGAUUCCAGAUUUGUAUUCGACAGACCACUUCCUGUGUCUCGCCUUGUGUCUCUAAUUGGAAGCAAGACCCAGGUCCCAACACAGCGGUAUGGCCGGAGACCAUAUGGCGUUGGGCUGCUUAUUGCUGGUUAUGAUGACAUGGGCCCUCACAUUUUCCAAACCUGCCCAUCUGCUAACUAUUUUGACUGCAGAGCUAUGUCUAUUGGAGCUCGUUCUCAGUCAGCUCGUACUUACCUCGAGAGACAUAUGUCUGAAUUUAUGGAGUGCAAUUUGGAUGAACUGGUUAAACAUGGUCUGCGUGCCUUGAGAGAAACGCUCCCUGCAGAGCAGGACCUGACCACGAAGAAUGUUUCCAUUGGAAUUGUUGGUAAAGAUUUGGAGUUUACAAUCUAUGAUGAUGAUGAUGUGUCUCCAUUCCUGGAUGGUCUUGAAGAAAGGCCACAGAGAAAAGCGCAGCCUUCACAGGCUGCUGAUGAACCUGCAGAAAAGGCUGAUGAGCCAAUGGAGCAUUAGGCAUGAAGGACGCAGGGACAGGAGGACGCAGGGCACAUGCUGGUGACGGCGAUCUGCAGCUGCACAGUAUGGGGUGCUUGUAUGUUUCAGGAAUCAGUCCAGAUGUGAGUUUUCUCCAAGCAACUUCCCAGAAACCAUAUAAUGGGGUGUGUUUUCUUUGAAAGUGUCUACAUAAUCAUUUUCUAGAACAUACAGGUAUCUGUACCAAUGUUUUUAUAUUAAGAAAAUAGUGUCUUUGCAAUUUUAAAGACAGCUGUGAAAUAAAAUUGUUUCACCUCC